AUGGUGCAUCGCGGAAAGCUCAGCGCUGCCUGUGGUCCUUGUCGAAGCCGUCGUCUCAAAUGCGACCAUAAAAAGCCGUCCUGCUCUCAGUGUAUCCGAGCCCAGAGAGAAUGCUCAGGGUAUCGUGAUGUCUCUGCGGGCAGAUUCUACGACCAGACUGAGGAGGUGAAGAAGAAGAACUCACCCUCUUCUUCCGCUCCAACUCCUCCUCCGCGGCAGCAAACAUCGAGCCCGUCUACUGCCCUAGUACGACAACAGAUCACCGUCCCAUUGCAAGAUCAGGGUGCGGCGUUUGCCCUUUCUCGGUAUCUCAGCCGGUCUGUAGGGAUCAACCUGCCUCACAUCCUGGGUACGACGACGGGACGUGCUGUUACUGCCAGCAUUAAUGCUGUGGGCUUGGCGGCCCUGUCCAAUAUUCACCAAUCUAUGGAGCUUAUGCUCACGGCACGUCGGGAAUACGUCUCGGCCUUGAAGGAGACAAAUGCUGUUCUGAGUGACCCAUUUCAGGCCACAUCAAAUGCCAGUGUAGUGGCGGUAAGCUUCUUGGGCAUGUUCGAGAUGAUGGCAUGCGACGGUUCUUCGUUGAUGGACAAGUAUGUCAAACACCUAGAUGGGUCGCUCAAACUCCUCCAGCUGCGCGGGACCGAACAGCUCCAGGACCCCGUCGGACUGGGCUUGUUUACUCAGUCCCGGACACCUAUAGUUCUCGGUAAUUUCUGGUUAAAGCGAUCUACUCCUUCGUGGCUGGUACAGCUAUCGCACGAAGCCACCGUCUACCGUGGUGAAGGAAGCACAGGUUCAGAAGAUGCACUCUUUAUACUCAUGACACGGGUUGGCGAUCUAUGCUCCAGUCUGAGAAACGGCCUGUUUAUUGAGCCGGCUAAAUUUGUGAAGAAGGCCCUGGAACUUGAUAUCGAACUCAAUGCCUGGGCGAGAUCCGUCGAGCUCGAGCGGCGCUACACCGUGGUCAACGUUCCUGCUCCUCUGCAAGGGAAUGGCAGUGGCAGCUCUUCCUGUCGAAGCAUCUACGGCGACCAUUACCACAUAUACCCUGACACGGUUAUUUCAGCGUGGUGGAACGACUAUCGUUUCGUGCGCCUUAUACUUCACGAGGUCAUAUGCUGGCUUGCUUGUCAUCUUUCGCGGAAAGAAGACCUCGAAGCUACCGUCCGCCAAAAAUACGCACAGACAGUUGCCAAUAGUAGAAUGGUCUCUCAACAAAUGGCGGAGGAUAUAUGUGCCAGCGUGCCGUAUCAUCUGGGCGCUACGGAGACAUCUCCGUACGAAGACUGGGAUAGUACCCGGACCGGCGGCGUCAUUCGGCUGAUUUGGCCGUUAUUCGUUGCAGCUGAGCGUGAUGGAGCAACAUCAGAAGCAACGGAUUGGAUCGCGGAUACGCUUUUCAAAAUUGGAUAUGGGGUUGGGAUCCGGCAGGCGCUCGUUAUGUCGAAUCUUUUGCGCUCGGGGAGGGAUUUAUCCUGGCUUCCUGAUCUUUGA